CACGGUCACUCGAGGACCUCGCGAAACACUCGGAACGGAACUCGCAAUCGGUCGCUAUCGAAGUUGUCGCUGUGCGGCCCCAGUGUCGUCCGUCCAGUCAUCGUUGACACAAAACAACAAGCUGUUCCCGCGACACCAAAAACCAAAUAAUUAAUAAAGAAAAUCCCGCCCUGCCCACGUCAUCAUCAUCGUUGCUGUGGCUGUCGUCGGAGUUUAUCGCUAUCAUCCGUGUUAUUCAGUUUGCGGUUAUUUUGUGGUCAUUCCCCCCAGAGGCGCUCCAGGUGCAUCCCAGUGAAUCGAAAUAAAGCUCAGGCUCUGGCUCAGGGCUCAAUCAGAAACCACAGCCGCAAUCAAAGCCGAGAACCAAGUGAGGUGUUGCGCGUGUAUUAAGUGUCGAGUGUCGAGUGUCUGUGUCCAAUCGCCUCGUGAAAGGAUUAAGUCUGUGAAUCGGCCCACAUCAUUCGAGUGCUGACAGCCGGAGAGCUGAUUUCGUUUUGAUAAGAACAGCAGCUAGAAGAGGAAUAUACACUGUGGAGGGACACCAAAACGGGAUAGGGACAGGCUCUCUAUGCUGUCGAGUGGUCAGUGUGACAGAAGAAAACCACAAAACAAAACAGCAGAAAACACAGAAGGAAGAGCAGGAUCAGGGGCAGACAGUUCACAGGAGCUCAGCCAAUAAAAAGCAUCGAAAACUCUGCCAGACCCGAAUGUGGUGGACACGCUGAGGCGGCUUGGAUGCGACAGCUGAAUCCGGACAGAGGAGGAGGAGGAGCAGCAAACAGAAGAGGAGAAGCAGACGGAGAGCAGCAACAGCCGCAAGCGAAACAAAACAGGAAAAGUUGGCAGAGCCCAAAAAAGAGAGGAAUGUGAAGGCGGCCACAGGCGGAAGGAGAGGCUGAAAAGUUCCAAAUUUGGGCAGACAGAUCCCCAGAUCCCACCAACCCUUUCCAUCCGGAACUGUUGGCAGCAGUUGGAAUUUGAUUUUGGCGCUUCUCUCAGAGCAACAUCCAUCGUUGCAUCGUUUGCAUUGGACUAAAAACGUAUUUAGCAGAACCGAAAAGUUCCUCCACACUGGGUACCCGAGAGCGUAGGUGGAGAAGUGUAGCCAUUGAAAUGCUGGGCACAUGCCCCGACAAUUUAUUAGCUCCUCUCUGCUCCCACUAGCUAUCCUGCCCCGGUGCAUCCUACGCAUCUAGUUAUGGCCAGCUACAGGGAACGUCACCGUCCGCUGCCGCUGCCGCUGCUGCUCCUCUGCCUCUCGUUGGCCACUUGGCGGGCGCCGCUGGUCAGUGGCUAUCUGAACAUUUUCAUCAGCCACCACGAGGUGAUGAAACUGAUGGGACUCGAGGCGGAUCUGUUCUACGUGCACGAGGGAUCCAUUAACACAUACGCAAUGCACUUCACCGUCCCGGUGCCCGCGGACGUGCACGAGCUGGAGUUCUCCUGGCAGAGCCUCAUCGCCUAUCCGCUGCCCUACGCCAUCAGCAUCGAGUACGCGAAUGACCAGGACGCCCUGGGCACCCCAACACUCAGCAUCCCCCACAAGGGCCUGGUGCCGCAGGAGAUCGAGUCCUUCCUGGUGUACCUGCCAUGCACGGGCAACGCCAGCCUCCAGCUGCCCGUCAACGUCAACAUGGUGGUGCGAGGACCCCCGCGCUUCAACGACACCAGGCUCCACUUCAAGCGCAACAAGAUCUGUGCCAAGGGCAUCUCCCCCGAACCGAACCAAUCGCCAGCCCCCGCCCACGCACCCUCCCAGGGCCCUGCCCUGCUGAGUGCCGCAGCCUGUGCUCUCGGCCUGGUCCUGGCCGUGGGCCUCGUGGCCAGCAUGAUGUAUUUGCGGGCUCGCAAGCAGCUUCGCCAGGACUCGCUGCAUACAAGCUUCACCACCGCGGCCUACGGCAGCCACCAGAACGUGUUCAUCCGCCUCGACCCGCUCGGACGGCCACCGAGUGCCACUGGCUCCUACGCGACCAUCGCCAGCCUCAACAAAUACCCCGGGGAGACGAAGAAGUCGUGCAGCAUAUUCGACCGUUUCCGCAGCUCCCCCGUUCCGACGCCCUACGCCACCGCCCUGCUCCCGAUGGGGGACCAGACGCAGACCGGAGAAACAAUCUACUCGAAGCCAGAGUCGAUCUGUCCCUCGAGGAUAUCCUACUAUGCCUCCUCGCAGCUGACCCAGCCCUGCAGCAUGUCCACUCCGAAGAGCAGUCGUGGCAUUGGUGGCAGUGGCAGCCUCUUUGGGGGUUUCGUCAACGGUGGCAGCACCAUCACCAUGGCCAGUCACAGCGAGAAGACCAAGGACCGACUGCGCCGCAUUCCGAGUGUCCAGCCGGGUGCCCUCAGCUACGAGCAGCUGGUCAGGGAGGGCACCUUCGGACGCAUCUACGUCGGCAAACUGGGCGACUCGUGUGACGCUCUGGUGAAGACCGUCAUCGAUGGGGCAUCACUCACACAGGUUGCUUGCCUGCUGCAGGAUGCCUCGCUGCUGAUCGGAGUCAGCCACCAGCACAUCCUGGCCCCGCUGCUGGCCAACACCGAGUUGCCCGGCCCGCCAGAGAUUGCCUAUCCCUAUCCGUCCAAGGGCAACCUAAAGAUGUACUUGCAAAAGUCUCGAGAGUCCAGCACAGCCCUAAGCACCCGACAGCUGGUGGAGUUCGGGCUGCACAUCACCAAGGGAUUGGCAUACUUGCACUCAAUGGGGAUCGUCCACAGAGACAUUGCCACACGCAAUUGCUACGUGGACGAGGAGGCGUACGUGAAGAUCUGCGAUGGCGCCCUGUCGCGGGACCUCUUCCCGGACGACUAUGACUGCCUGGGCGACAACGAGAACCGGCCACUGAAAUGGCUCUCGCUGGAGGCGCUGCAGAAGAAGGUGUACGGGUCGCAGGGCGACGUCUGGUCCCUGGGCGUGCUCUACUGGGAGCUGGUCACCCUCGCCCAGAUGCCGCACGAGGAGGUGGACAUAUUCGAGCUUACCAAUUACUUGGCUGCCGGCUUCCGGCUGGAGCAGCCCGUCAAUUGCCCCGAUGAAUUCUUUACCGUUAUGAACUGCUGCUGGCACUGCGAGGCAAAGCAGCGGCCCACGCCCUCACAGCUGCUCUCGUAUCUGCAGGACUUCCAUGCGGACCUAGGCAUGUACAUCUGAAUCUGAAUCAGAAUCUGAAUCUGAAUAUCAAACCGAGCAGUAAGCCGGGGGAUUGAUGCUGGAUGCGUCAUAAGUGGAGUUCAAGGGUUGGCCCGGGGGCGAAACCCAAGAUGCUUGUAAAAUAAUUGAAAACUUUUCCAUUUUAAAUGUGAGAUUAAAUGUGAAUUUACCUGUACGAGUUCGGGCACGCAUAAACCAAUUAAAACAGAAGCCAGCUAACUUCAGAUACGUAAGCAGAACAGAUACAAAAUAACACAGAUACAAAUGCAGGUGCAGAUACA